CUAACAGUGACGGCCGCUGAAAGGUAAUUUGGCCAUGCUGCAGCGUACCUUGUGGCAUCGUCAUGGAACAGUCACUGUACGUCGUUCCUGCUGCACUCGCCUGUCCGGCGUAGACACCGAAAUUGCUGACCUUGAGUUUAGCUUUAGACUGAUCCGACCAACCACUUGUUUCUGCGAUCGACUCGCGACCCCCCUUUAAAGCACGACGCCCGAAGCCAUCCGGCGGAUCUACGAAUGCUAGAACAGCAAACACACGGCUUUCGACAAGACCCAGGCAAAAGGGUAUCAGUCGGCCUCGACUGAUACACCUCAUCAAGCCUUCCUCAUGCGACCACCGGACAACGAUGCGUCGCCUAUCGAUCCGCUCCAGGCGCUGCCGAUGGCGGCCUCCACCGCGAGACUGCCUAAGAGGCAGUCCUUACCAGAUGGCCAGCCGCUGACGCAAUCCGAAAUCAGCCUGCCGUACCGGAGAUCGAAUCCCUCUGUCGCGCCGCUCUUCGCCUCGACACUGACUCCCCCAGGAUCGCGAUCCGGUUCCCCCAUGGGGAGGGGCUCGCCGGCGCGUCCGCUCUCCGGCUCAGUCUUUGGGGGUCCAGCGAGGCGCUCACUCAUUGAGACCGCUUCCGAUAGCCCGGGUGACCCGCGUAAUCUGAUCAUGAAGGCUUACGUUCCCCAUGUUGCCAUUUAUGCCUCACCGGACACGGAGGAGCUGGCAAAUGACAAAGGAUUCAAAAGCGGCGUGUGGGAACUUUUGCGUCCAUUCGGGGAGCAGGUACAGGGCAAAGUCACAAUCAGAGAUAGCAACGGUGCCAGCAGAUCGUGGGAGGACUUCUCUGUUCGGUUUGUCAAAUUCGGGGACAACAUUGAGCCACCAGACGCUGGUGGCGCGAAAGGAUCGCAGCAUGCUGCUGCCAACGGGCAAUUCGGGCCUGCCUCAGGGUUGAGGAGCAACUACGAGGACGUCGAGGCCGUAGUCGACCGUCACCUUUCUUACGCUGAAGACUCAUUUCUCAAUACAGCGCACCACGGGGUAACAAGACAAGGCUUGGAUAUUGAGGCAACCUCGCCCUACUACUCAUUAUACCUACGGCGGCUGCUAUCCGGCAUACCUGUAGCACCUCACGAGACUUUUGCGCAUCCCGUGGCGUGUGUGAUUGCUAUCAGCUCACGCAGCCCUUCACCUAUCGAAGAUCUGCGCAAGUUAUACAAUGACACGAGCUCCGGCGAGAACAAGCUGCCAGUCUGGGUUGACGGGGACUACCUUCGAUACUACGUCCUGGUACACGAUGAGGAGCGUGACGAUAUCACUCGAUCACUCGCUCUUUUCGACCAGAUGAAGCGCCACCUAGGUCUGCAUUGUCAUUUGCUCCGAUUACGAAGCACACAGAGCGCCGAGACCGACGACGAUAGCAUACCACUGCCCAGGAGCGACUGGAUGUCGGCAGCCGAAGAAAUGGCAGAUAUCCGGCACAGCGAAGACCAGGAAGAUUUCGAAGACCCAACGAGGUACAUCUUUGAGUCGGACGCGACGGCGAUUCGGACGUUUGUGAGGGAGAUGGUCACACAGUCCAUCAUUCCCACCAUGGAGCGUCAUGUCUCGCUCUGGAAUGACCAAGUGGCAUCUCGUAGGAGAGGUAUUACGGGAAGGUUCAUGAACCUGUCGAGGAAAUGGGGCGGUUUCGGCAGCAGUUCACGAAACUCGGUGGUAGGAGGUAGCAGCUCGUCCAGUGCCUACGACACACUCGGGUUUUAUCGUCCAGAUGCACCUGAGGCGAUCAUGCGGAAGCUUGCUGAUUUCGCUUUCAUGCUGAGAGACUGGAAGCUGGCACACUCGACUUACGACCUCCUAAGAUCCGACUUCAGCGAUGCCAAAGCAUGGAAGUAUCACGCAGCAGCUAACGAGAUGGCUGCCGCUAGUCUGCUUAUCAUGCCCCAAAGUUUGUCAUCCAAAUCUCGAGCUGAGACGACCGACCAAAUGUUGGAGGCGGCAUUUUACUCAUACCACACACGCUGCAGCUUUCCCUUUGGCGCACUGCGGUCUCUGACUUUGGGUAUUGAACUUCUGCGGCUUAGGGGCGGAAGCAGUGUUGACGAUGCUGUGAGGUGGGGUAUUCGCCUUCUUGAUUCAAAGAUCCUCGGCCCCGUCGGCGACGCCCUCAUGAAGGAACGCCUAGCAGUCUGCUACGCCUCGAAACCGGGCGUUGGUUCCGGUGCGUGGGGCCAUCGGAAGCGCAAGUCGGCCAUGUGGUGUAUCCUUGCUGGAGAGGCCUGGCACACCCAGAAAAAGUAUAUUCAGUCUCAGCGGUGUCUCAAUGAGGCCGGGCGGAUAUACUCAGAGCUACCGCACGAGCACGGCAUCUCCAAGCUCAACCUCGCCAAUGAGUUCGUGGGUGGCUUGCAACACGACCUCGACGAGAAGCUCGACGUGGACAAUCGGGGCGAUGAAUCGCUUUUGCAGGGUAUGGAGGAUCUUGUUGUUGACGAGGAGAGCGAGGCGUUGGAUCUUAGGUCAAGGAGAGCGAGCAUGAUGGGGCGUGGGCCGGUGCCGGCGUCAAGCCUCGAGACUGCGCCGCUGCAUGAGGUGACGUCGCCUGCCAGGGAAAAGGCCGACGGAUCGACACAGGAUGAGUUCGGCUAAGACGAGCAAUGACAGCGGAGACGGGCACAGCGCUGGGUGGAUAAAGUAGCAGAUGCGUUCACGAAGCGGAUUAAUAGCAAUUAUACUUGCCUUGUCGUCUAUGCCGCAGAGAUGUGAUUGUUUGCCUCCGCAGCUUUCGCUCCCAGGGCCUAGAUACGGCCGAUAUACAGACCAUGGUGUAUGCUUAGGUGGUGCAAGGACUCUCUUGAGUAUCAUGAUUCCUUGCAUUCUCCAUUCCCAUCAACGGGUUGCG